UUAGCGACGGGCUCAUGGAGACCGUGUGUCCGUGUGUGUGAAGGAAUGCCAGUAUGGCACGUAUCGAGGAAAACAAACACACAACGAGCUGGAAUUAAAGCUUCACAUGUAUGAGUGUUACUGACUCGCUUUACAUCGUUGAUUCGUGGUGAAUAUGGGAUGUGGCAGCUCCUCGGACACCGCGGUCAUACCGCUCGCACGAGAGGAGCCGAAGAGAGACGAGGAUGAGACAGGAAGUAAACUCGGUACCCGUGGAGACUCCGCCGUGUCAAAGGGCACCACAGACAGUGGGGUGGUGAUGGAGAACAAAGCGAUCCCUGAGUUACCUGGAGCGAUGCCAAGAAAACUCCCUCCUCUGACAUCUGAGCGUGUCGGAGAAAGUGUGGCAGACAGAAUGACACAAGAGGGAUUACUGCAGCAUGAUGGCACAGUGCAGGAGCGUCAAAAGUCCAGUGACAUCCUGGAGGAGCUGCUGAGUCAGGGCAUCAUCCUGGUGGGACAGAGCAGAGAGAGGGGCAGCGUGGCUGGAGAGGCCUACAGCAUCAUGGUGGGAACUCUGGAUGACAGAGAUGUGGUCAGGCAGAGGCCUGGGAGACUGGAGUCCCUGAAGACCAUAAAGGAGCAAAGUCCCCCCUGCAGAGAAGAGCUAGAUGAGAAGAUGAGACUUGUUGAAGAGAGACGCAAGUCAAAGGAAGACGAGCUCAAGAUGCGUUUAAGGACCAAGUCGGCACGUGUACGUGUCCUUGCCCCUGUCUCCAGUGCAGCCGAAUAUGAAGACACGUCCCUCACACCUGUGACACCCCUGACCUUUGACCUUACACCGAAUCCAAUGUUGCACAGCCAGAUUACAAGCAGGACGGCUGAGGGAGGGGAGUGUGUGAGAGAGGCUGGAGGUGAUGGCAGAGAGAAUGAAACGGACAGAGGAGAGAAUAGCACAGAGAGAGAGAGGAGUGGAGAUGACAGAGGGGAAGGUGCAGAGCAGGCGAGUGAGGACAGUGAUGAUGAUGAUGAUGAUGAAGAGGAGGAGUUUAACCAGAUGAAGGAGCUCCUGGCGGGCCAGCUCCUCACAGCCUCAAGGGAGCUGGAGAGUGAUUCCACUUUUCAACACGUGGAAGACAAAGAGGAGAAAUUUUAAAUUAUCACAUGAAUGAGCCAACAAUCACCACUAAGACAAAGGAAGCCAAAAUGAUUCCUGUUGCACAUGAGGAUAAUGAUAGAAAUAUAAAGUACAGUGAAUGUUUUUUGAUUGAAAGAUGUAAUUAAGCCAUGAUGAGAUGGAUGAAUUAGGCUAAUGUCAAUGAGAAUAUCUAACAUCCUUUCCACUGCAGGGAGGCACAUCAGCUUGUAAAUUCUUAAUAUAAUGACUUUGCUCAGUAAUACGCACAAGGGAAUAUGAGGGUUUCUUUUCUAAUGCAAUGUUAUUGAGGUAGUUAUUUAAUAAACAAGACCAAGGCUUAAUGCUCUGGCCAACACACCAAAAUAUUUCUGAUUUAGCAUGUAAAUGGUGAACUUUGGGCUGCUGGACACAAGAUGGCGGUGUCUCAGCAGGAUGAAGUUGUGUUACCCUGGAACUGAAGUCUUUGAAAAGAGAAGUAGUGAAGAGGUUUUGGUGACAGGCAAGGAUGUGCCUUCUGAAAUUAUAUGUAAACUGAUGUUGUUAAUAAUUAAAAAAACUCACUUCUU